AUGUCGACGGAACCAUACAGAUUGUCAGCCACAGAGGCGUCGGCCAAGAUUCGAGCCGGGGACCUGACCGUCGAGGAAUACGCGCGCUCGCUUCUUUCGCGUAUCGAACAGAGGGACCCCGUUGUGAAGGCGUGGGAGUACAUCAACCCUGACCAGGUCAUCGCGCGGGCAAAAGAGCUCGAUGCGAUACCACCCGAGAAGCGCGGCCCUCUGCACGGCGUUGCCGUUGCUGUCAAGGACAUCAUCUACACCAAGGAUAUGCCCACCCAGCACGGCUCGCCGAUAUACGCCGGGGACGCGCCAAAGGUCGACGCCGGAUCCAUCAUCGUGUUGCGACAAGCCGGCGCCUUGUUCCUUGGCAAGACGACAACCACCGAGUUUGCUGGGACCGUUCGAGGCCCGAAGACGGUCAACCCGCACGACACGAGCCGGACGCCUGGCGGUUCAUCCUCGGGCUCGGGCGCGGCCGUCGGAGACUUCCAGGCCCCGAUCGCUUUGGGCACGCAGACGGGUGGGAGCACGAUCCGGCCCGGGUCUUUCAACGGCAUCUAUGCGUUGAAGCCGACGUGGAACUCCAUCAGCAGGGAGGGCCAAAAGAUCUACUCGCUCAUCCUGGAUACGCUGGGCUUCUUUGCCCGUAGCGUCGAGGACCUGCAGCUGAUGGCUGAUGUGUUCGACCUGCAGGACGACGAGGCUCCCAAGCCCGAAUUCUCCGUCAAAGGCGCCAAAUUCGCGCUUAUCAAGACCAUGGUGUGGCCGCAGGCGGGCCCCGGGACGCAGUCGGCCAUCGCGAAGGCGACGGAGCUUCUCAGGAAGCACGGGGCCGAUGUCGAGGAGGUCGAGUUCGCGCCGGAACUCCAGGACCUUCCCGCAUGGCACGGUACGGUGCUGCACAGCGACGGACGCCCGACUUUCCUUCCGGAAUAUCGCGUGGCCAAGGACCUGCUCGACGAGUUUUUGGUUUCCCACGUCGACAACACGAACAAGAUCUCCAGGGCGGCGCAGCUGGAGGCGUUCGACAACAUUGCCAUGGCGCGACCAAAGGUGGACAAGAUGCUGGGCAAGUACGACGCCGUGCUGGUGCCGAGCGUCGUCGACGAGGCGCCCGUGGGCACCGCCAGCACCGGCAGCGCGGCCUUCAAUGGACUCUGGACGGCGCUUCACGUUCCCGUCGUCAACAUUCCGGGCUUCAAGGGCCCGAACGGGAUGCCGGUGGGCGUCUCGCUGGUGGCGCCCCGAUACCAUGACCGCCACCUUUUGACCGUGUCCAAGGCGGUUGGUGAAAUUUUCGAGGCCGAAGGCGGAUGGAAGUCGGCAUUGUAG